AUGGUUACGGAUGAGCCAACCAUCAGUAUCCGAACCAUAGCGCGGAAUCAAGGCGUUAGCGUGAGUACGGUACAUAAAGCUUUAAAAGCGGCUCGCUUCCAUCCCUACAAAGUAACCUUGACUCAAGAGCUGCAUAUUAACGAUGAAGCUCGCAGAUUGAGAUAUUGUCAGUGGUUCUGUAAUGAAUGUGAGGAAGAUUAUAAUUUUCCCAAACGCAUUGAAUUUUCGGAUGAAUGCGUUUUCCAUAAUAAUGGCACCGUCAACCGCCAUAACAUGCAUUACUGGGCCACUGAGAAUCCUCACUGGAUGCAGCAAGCACAUACCCAAGUGAGGUGGUCGGUGAACGUUUGGGCAGGUAUUCUUGGAGACCACAUCAUUGGGCCAUAUUUUUUUGAUGGUAAGGUCGAUGGCAAUGCAUACCGAACAUUUCUUGAAAAUCAAUUUGUCGACCUGAUGGGUGAGGUGCCACUGGAAUCACGUAUUAACAUGUGGUUCCAGCAGGACGGCCAUCCUGCACACACCGCCAGGGCGACAAGAGAAUUAUUGAAUCGAAAGUUCGGUGCUCAUUGGAUCGGUCUUCACGGUUCUCAUGAAUGGCCACCGCGUUCACCUUACACCACUAGAUUUCUUUCUGUGGGGUCAUUUUAA